UCACAGCUGCGUCUGCACUGGUUUAAACUUUACAAGAAGAAGAAGACGGAGAAGAGGGAGGAGGAAGUGUUUUUGCAAUCGUGCAGUUUUAAUUCAGCACUUUCUGGAAGUUCGACCUGAGCUACAAAACACACAUUUCAGAAAUUCAAAAAUGAAAAGCGCGUUGCUGUUUGCUUGGGUGUUGCUGAGCGCGCAGUGUGCUGCAGAGACUGUGGUCCAAACCAAACCUGGAGGAACGGCGUCUCUGAAGUGUGGCAUCUCAGACGGAGUGUCGGUGUUAAAAUGGCUGCACAACGAUCAGCCCGUGUACACCACCAACCCGAGGACAGGGAUGCCGCUAAGAGGUAAAGGGGAAAUCGUCAGAAGAAGUCGACUGAAAUACGAGCGAGAACUGGAGAUUUCUCAAGUCACUCCUGCAGACGCUGGACUGUUCAUCUGCAGAGUCAAAGACAAAGAGGAGCAGCACAGACUCAUCGUCAGUGCAGUGUCGGUCGCUCCCCCCGGCCCUCUGCAGACGGGCAGCGGUGCGGUUUUUCGCUGUGAUGUGUCUGGACGUGGCGGGGGUUCGACGGUGCAUUGGCGAGGGCCUGAUGGGCAGAGCUAUGCGGAGGCGACGGUCACGCUGAGUCAUGUGACCAUGAAGGACUCGGGCUCGUGGGAGUGUCAGAUCACGGUCAACGGAAAAGUCAUGAAAGAGUCGGUACAGAUACAAGUCAGAGAACCACGUGACCAAACAACCCCGCCGCCCUCGACCACGAGAACGACUGUAGACAACGAGGAAACAUGUUCAAACUGUGUAAACAGCACACAGACGGCUCCUCCUGCACUGGUACUGGGCCUGAGCUGGUGGGUGUGGGCUGCCAUUGGAGGAGGCUUUGUGGUCGUCCUGCUCUGGGUGCUCAUCCUCAUCAUGUACAACCAGAUAACCAGAAGAAAGCGACGAUUCAUGAAGAUGCAGAAGACAAAACAAACGAAAUACUGCCAGUGUCCAGGCCCCACAGCUGCGAACGGCCACAGCAGAACCAAGCCCCCUGCUCCUCCUCGAGCUCUGAUCUGAGAGGAGUCGUGCUCCACAACACGGGACACGAGAAAGAAAGAAGAAGACAAAAAAAAGACGAGAUUAUAACGUGUAAAUAAUGAUGUGUGCUGCUUUUAAAGGCCAUGAAGCGAAGUGUAUUGUAUAAGCAGCUCUUGGUGUCAGAAUGAGUCAGCUGUGUUUUCUCUGCUUCUGUUGCGUUAUUGUUCGAUAAUUAGGAAGUGCGCGUUAGCAUUCUAGUUGCUGUUGUCAUCUUAUGAAAGCAGAAUUCCACUUUGGCGUCACAUCAGACUGCAGGGCUUAACGCUCAAUUCCGAUUUUUUGGUGAAAUCCGAUGUUUUUUGCGAGGUCGUUCACAUUUCCAAUUAAAUGCGACUUGUAUGUGACUCCAGUGUGAACGUUAAACGGCCCGAAAGUGUCCCGCAUGUGACACUGGAGACACGAUGUCAACCGCAGUGAGCGUCUCUGUGUUUACGGAAGUUGUCCAAACAUGGACGCAGCAUUGAGCACCUGGAGAUUUUAAAGUUCCUCUCGUACCGGAGCCAGAACAUGAACAACUUACUUGUUUUAAGGAGGAGAUUGAGAAGGAGAAGGACGAGUUUUUGGUCGUGGUGUUUUGUGUUCAGUCCGUUGAAAGGAACGUGUGGAUGCGGAGAUGGAGCCAAGAGUGGUGAGUGGUGAUGUGCUUCACUUCAGUGACAUGGAGUUCAUUAACAAUUUUCACCUACUUCAGCGCAGAAUAGUGACGUUUGUGGCUUGUUGAUAACGUGUAGGUGGAUGAAUGCACUUUGUCCGUUCAGACUGAAGUCGCAUGUCAAAAGAUCAGAUAUGUAUCGGUUUCAGGAGCACAUAUCCAAGUGUCCUGGGUCACAUUUGAAAAAAUCAGAUCUGUGUCGUUCAGACUGUCAUUAAAAGAUCAGACACAGGUCACAUAGGGGCCAAAAAAUUUGGGUCACUUCAGGCUGCAGUCUGAACGCAGCCUAUGAGUAAUUAGGAUGCUCGGAAUGAAUGGAUAAGCUAAAGAAUAACUUUGGACCAGUGUAAAAUGAAGUUCUGUUUUAUUUUUCACAUUUUCGUAAAAAUCAGGAACAGAUACUUGAGGAUACAGCGUAAAAAGUUUUGUUUUUAAUAUGUCAGUAUUGUUAUGUUUGCUUAACAUUGUCUUGGGUUUUAAGCGUUUUGGUCGACCUUGUUGCGCUGUACAAAUAAAGUUAGAUUAGAUUACAUUUGUUGCAUAAUAUGAAAAAAAAAAACUACACUACUGGUCAAAAGUUUUAGAACACUCAGUUUUUCCAGUUAUUUAUUGCACUUUAAGUCGUGCAAGUCCAGUGAAGAGCUUGAAAUGGUACAAAGUUAAAAACUGAACAGACAGAGGUUAAAAAAAAAAAGAUAGAAGUUACAAAACACAAGUCCAAGCUCUGCCAAAACCACCUCAGGAAAAAAGAGAAAGAUGUUAAACUUGAAAACAUGGAGAGUCCAGCACAGUGUCCAGACUUAAACCUCAAUCACGCUGGUUUUGGGAUGAACUGGACAGAAGAGUGGAAGCCAAAAAAAACCUACAAGUGUCACACAUUUAUGGGAACUUCUGCAACAGACUUGGGAAGAACUUUCUGAAGAAUAUUUGAUUUCUGUUGUAAAAAGAACGAGCCACAAGUGUGUUCAGCUGUUAUAUCUGCCAAAGGUGGACACUUUCAUGAAUCAAAAGUUUAGAAAACAUAAAUAGUAAACAAUAAAAAACCUGGAAAAAGUGUGGUGUUCUCAAACUUUUGACUGGUCGUGUAUCCUGUAUAUAAAGAUUUAAAUGAACAGCUGAGUAUAUUCUGAAGUUUUUAUGUAGGAUUACUUUAAUAUCUGCAGUCCCUGGGCUCGUGCACGCAACAAUUCAAUUAUGAAAUACAAUUAUAAAUAGGGAUGUAACGAUAUCCAAGUCUCACGAUACGAUAUCGUCACAUUAUGAACCUCACGGUACGAUAUUUAUUGCGAUAUUUUGUGGGAAACCUCACGAUGUGGUGGGGAGGCUCACGAUUCGGGAUGUAACGAUAUCUAAAUAUCUCUGUACGAUAUUUUCACGAUAUAUACAUCUCACGGUGCGAUAUUUAUUGUGAUAUUUUGUGGAGGCUUACAAACAAAACUGUUAAUAUGUGACUUUUUCCUCUUAAAAUGCCUUGACAAGACUUAAUCCAAAGACUUAAAAGUGCUUAGAACUGUUAUUUCUUCAUGUAAUCUGCACUGAAAUGUCGUCUUUGUCUCGCUUUGUCUUAAUUUAAGCGAAGAGACUUGUAAUUCGAUAUAUUGUGAUGGUUCAUGAUAUUAUUGUGAGAACUUUGACGAUACGAUAUCACGAUAUUUUGGUUAUUGUUACAUCCCCAAUUAUAAAUGAUAAUUAAUUAAAAAUACAACAUGAAACUCGCAAUAUUCAGAAAAAACAAACAAA